UAAAUUUGUUCAUGGAAGGAUCCAACACGCCCCAGAGUCAACAAAAGAGGAGUUGCCGGAGAGCCCAGUUGGGAGUGUUUGUAAAGAAAAGGGCUCAUUUGGACUGUCCACCUUCAGCAGUGAUGAAUUAUGGUGAACUGAACGUUCUGGAUGACAUUUUGACUGACGCUCCUGACCAAGAUGAUGAGUUGUACAACCCUGACAGCGAGCAAGAUAAAAGUGAGAAAAAGGGAUCAAAAAGAAAAACUGACAGGAUGGAAAACGCUGAAAGCAAGAGGCAAAAACCUUCUGUGCAUUCUUCGAGGCAGAUGAUGCCAAAGCCUCCUAGUUCAUCAGUUAGCAAUAACAAGAGAAUAGUGAGUACGAAGGGAAAACCAGUAUCAGAAUACAAGAAUGAAGAGUAUCAGAGGUCUGAUAGAAACAAGCGCCCAGAUGGUGAUCGAAAGACCCGCAUGUCAAGCAGUUCCAGGGAGCCUCCUUAUAAAGGACAACCAGAAAAAACCUGCAUGAGGAAGAGGGAUAUUGACAGAAGGGCGAAGUCUUCUACACCAGAUGGUUCAGAGAGAAUCAGGCAUGAUGUGGAUAGAAGACCAAGCAGAUCCAGCCAUUCUUCUAAAGAAGAGGUGAACUCUGAGGAAUAUUGUUCAGAUCACGAGACCGGCAGUAGUGGUUCGUCUGAACAAGGCAAUACAGAGAAUGAGGAGGAAGGAAUGGAAGAAGAGGAAGAUGAUGAAGGGGAGGAGGACGAAGAGGUAGAAGAAGAUGGGGAGGAGGACGAAGAAGAGUAUGAACAGGAUGAGAGAGAUCAGAAAGAAGGAAAUGACUAUGACACACGAAGUGAAGCCAGCGAUUCUGAUUCUGAAUCUGCCUCUUUCACGGAUGGGUCAGUCAGAUCUGGGUCUGGUUCAGAUGCAUCAGAUGAGAAAAAGAAGGAGAGGAAGAGAGCUAGAGGUAUCUCUCCGAUUGUUUUUGACAGAAGUGGAAGUUCUGCAUCAGAAUCGUAUGCAGGUUCAGAAAAGAAGCAUGAGAAAUUAUCAUCUUCCGUUCGUGCUGUCCAAAAAGACCAAACAAGUAAACUUAAAUACAUUCUCCAAGAUGCAAGAUUCUUUCUCAUCAAGAGUAAUAACCAUGAAAACGUAUCACUUGCUAAAGCAAAGGGAGUAUGGUCGACACUUCCGGUGAAUGAAAAGAAGCUUAAUGCUGCAUUUCGAUCAGCGAGGAGUGUUAUUUUGAUAUUUUCUGUGAGAGAGAGUGGCAAAUUCCAAGGGUUUGCAAGACUGUCUUCAGAGUCCCAUCAUGGAGGAUCACCUAUACACUGGGUGCUGCCUGCAGGAAUGAAUGCAAAAAUGUUGGGAGGUGUCUUUAAAAUUGACUGGAUUUGCAGGCGUGAAUUGCCGUUCACUAAGUCUGCUCACCUGACCAAUCCUUGGAACGAACAUAAGCCAGUAAAGAUUGGACGUGAUGGACAGGAAAUUGAGCCGGAAUGUGGAACCCAACUUUGUCUUCUCUUCCCUCCUGAUGAAAGUAUUGACUUGUAUCAAGUCAUUCAUAAAAUGAGGCACAAGAGAAGAAUGCACUCACAACCCCGAUCAAGAGGACGCCCAUCCCGUCGAGACCCCGUUCGGGACGUGGGAAGGCGUCGACCAGAAGAUUAUGAUAUUCAUAACAGCAGAAAGAAACCAAGGAUUGACUAUCCCCCUGAGUUUCACCAAAGACCAGGGUAUAUAAAGGAUCCCAGAUAUCCCGAAGUAGACAGACGAUUUUCAGGAGUUCGACGAGAUGUAUUUUUAAAUGGGUCCUACAAUGAUUACGUGAGGGAAUUCCACAACAUGGGACCACCACCACCAUGGCAAGGAAUGCCACCGUAUCCAGGUAUGGAGCAGCCACCACACCACCCUUAUUAUCAGCACCAUGCACCUCCACCUCAAGCUCACCCUCCAUACUCAGGACAUCAUCCUGUACCACAUGAAGCAAGAUACAGAGACAAACGAGUACACGACUACGACAUGAGAGUAGAUGACUUUCUUCGCCGCACACAAGCAGUUGUCAGCGGUCGGAGAAGCAGGCCUCGGGAGAGGGACCGAGAGCGGGAACGGGACCGUCCUAGAGAUAAUAGAAGAGACAGAGAACGUGACAGAGGCCGCGAUCGGGAAAGGGAGAGAGAAAGGAUUUGUGACCGGGACAGAGACAGAGGUGAAAGAGUUUCACAUGGUUCAGUGGGAGAAUGCUGCUAUAAAGUAUGCAAAUAUUGAAGUAUGAUUUUUUUUUUUUUUUGACUGUAUGGCAGUGUUGUAGCAGCCUUUUUUUUUUGUUUGUUUCUCCUUCGCCCCCUGUUUUUUAACGCUAUCUUGUAAAGUCAAGUGUUUUUUCAGUCUUCAGUAAUGAAAGCAAUAUUAAGAAGACAUUAUUGAUAUCUAAUUUUUAACCUUUUUUAAAAAUCUUCCCAUGUUCAGUAACAUUUUGGUCAAUUCUCUUGUCUAGUCUCCUUCCAAAAUGUAUACAUUGCUUGGAAUGUUCACAACCUGCGUGUGUGGAACCAGAAAAUAUUGCUGUAUUCUACAUUGCUACCAUUAUUUUUUUUUUUAUAAAAAUAAAUUGGUAACUAUUGAAA